AUGGGGUUGAAACUGGCUAAACAAUGGGUUAAUAAUAUGACCAAAGCUGCAGAAGAUGAACCAACAAAAGUAGUAUCAGAGGCUCGACCUAAGAGUCUUGGACUGGGUGCAAAGGUUUCACAUUCAGCCAAAUUUGAACCUUCAAACGACCCACUUGAAAGUAAACUACAUGCCAAGUUAAACAUUGGAAAAAGAAAAGCUACCAAAAGUGUUGAAAUAUCCAUUCCAUUUGCUGGAGAUGGAAAUGAUAAUGAAGAUGAAGAGGAUUUAGACAGCAGAACUAGGGUGUUUGACAAGAAAAAGAUUACCAGAUUCUAA